AUGCAGCACCCUCAGGCGGCGAACAGGGUAGUCACCGGGUUCUACGUGGAUGACUUCUUAGACUUGGUCGACACCGAGAGCGAAGGCCAUCUAACCAAGUGGACCAGCACGUCAGAGACGGUGCUGCAGGAUAUCGCACCUGAGGAUAGGUGCGAUGAGACACGCGACCUGGACCUGGGCAACGAGGCACAGUGGAAAAAGACGCUGGGAGUCCACUGGUGUGCCCAGGAUGACCAGUUCAGGUUCAAGGUCAAGGCCAUCAGGGGUGAGAACACGAAGCGCUCCAUUUUGAGCAGCGCCUCGGCGGUGUUCGACCCGCUCGGCAUGCUGGUUCACCAUCCGUUCUAG